AGCUAUAAAGCUCCUGCCGGCGGCGGACGCCCCGUCGGGCGGGCAGGCAGAGCGAUGGCUGCGAACCGGGUGGGGAGGCGCCUGGGGCGGGCCUCGCCGGCACGUUCGGCGGCCGGGUUAUCUCCGGGAGGCACCCGCAUGGAGCGGACGCCCAGUCCCGGCAUCCAGCGGCGCCAGGCGCGGGUCACCGUCAAGUACGACCGACGAGAGCUGCAGCGGCGCCUGGACACCGAGAAGUGGAUCGACGGCCGCCUGGAGGAGCUCUACCGGGGACAGGAAGCGGAGAUGCCUGAUGAGGUGAACAUUGAUGAUCUCCUGGAGAUGGCCACAGAUGAGGAACGGGCCAAGAAACUGAAGCCCCUCCCGCAUCCCUUCCUUGCUCUUGUCUCUUUCCAGGGCAUCUUGGCGUCUUGUCCCAACGGCACAGAGGACUUCAUCCAGGAGAUGCUUGGGAAGCUGAGAGGUCUCCGGGCCGAGCAUGUCCUCCGCCGGACGAGCCCCAGCAGCCCCCGCGGGCAUGCGGAGCAGGGCCUGGGAACCUAGGAGCAGGCCCGAGCUGCUGGCGUUUGUGGAAGGGACUGCUGCAAGCUGCGGCCGCCGGGACAGGCCAAUCCCUUGCUGGAGAGGGGCCUGGGGGAGGUGCUGCUGCUGCCGUGGUCAGGCUGGUGGUGGUGGUGGUGGCAGCAGGGUCCUGUGGGUCUGGGUGAUCCGCAACCCCAGCUGGGUCUGGCUGCAAGGAGGCUCACCAGCCCAACUGCCUUCCUGCGCUUCCUCCAGCAGUCCACUCCCUCCACUCUGUACAAAUCCCUGCCUACUGACUGGUGUGUUCUACUUUAGUUUUAUCCUGUAAUAAAGUGCUCUGCCUCGAA